AUGACCGUCAUUGUCGACGUUUUAACAGUCAUAAACAUUUCGUUUAUUAUUUCAUAUAUUAAGAAGUCAUUUUGGAUUGAUGGCAAUAAGGUAAGCAUCAUUGGAUGGUUCAAAGUAAGUCUUGGCGAUUACAAGAUCUUUGCCAUCAAGCGCAAUUUGUUUGGUAAUUCAGUUGACAAAAAGACGGUCAUAGAGCUUAAGAUGAGAAAUGGGAAGCUUGAAGUGAAUAACGAAGCGCAGUGUGUGAUGUCGAAACCAGUCGAGUACGGCACGUGGUAUCGUAUUGGUGUUAUGAACGACUUUUUGACUCUAUACAUUGAUGGUACUUCCGAGUUGAGACGCACACACUAA